UGCGCUGCUUCUAAAUAAUUAAAACAAAAUAAAUCGAAAAUAAGCGAAAGUGCCCUCGUCUCGUUUCGAAUUGCUGCUCUCCAAAAGCGACGGAGACAGUUGGGUGAUUUCUUACCGGAAUUUCCUUCUUCUCCGGCGAUGGUUAGUCUGCGCUCCACUAAAACAACUCCGGUUCCGGUAAUAUCCAGCGACGGGAAAACAGAGAAAAAUGCCUCUGCCGAUUCAUCGUCUUCGGUCCUCAGUGAAGAGGAAAACACUGAGGAGACUCUUGUAGAGAAAGAGAUACUUCUAGCAAAAAAUGGAGACUCCUCUCUUAUAUCUCAGGCUAUGGCUCAGGAAGAAGAGCAGCUGCUCAAACUUCGGGAAGAUGAAGAGAAAGCCAAAUGUGCUGAGUCCGGUGAAGCUCCUGAUCUGAAUGAUACCCAGUUUACUAAACUCGACGAGCUCUUGACUCAAACCCAACUCUAUUCUGAGUUUCUCCUUGAGAAAAUGGAGGAUAUCACCAAAAAUGGGAUAGAAAGCGAGACCCAAAAAGCCGAGCCCGAGAAGAAAGGAGGUCGUGGACGCAAAAGAAAGGCUGCUACUCAGGCCGCCAGUAUGAAGGCUAAGAAAGCUGUUGCUGCUAUGAUUUCAAGAUCUAAAGAAGGUCAUGAAUCUGCCAACUCAGAUCUGACAGAGGAAGAAAGAGUCAUUAAAGAGCAGAGUGAACUUGUUCCUCUUCUGACCGGUGGAAAGUUGAAGUCUUAUCAGCUCAAAGGUGUCAAAUGGCUCAUAUCAUUGUGGCAAAAUGGUUUGAAUGGAAUUUUAGCUGAUCAAAUGGGACUUGGAAAGACUAUUCAAACCAUUGGUUUCUUGUCACACCUGAAAGGAAAUGGGUUGGAUGGUCCUUAUCUAGUAAUUGCUCCACUCUCUACUCUUUCAAAUUGGAUGAAUGAGAUCGCCAGGUUCACGCCUUCUAUCAACGCAAUCAUCUACCAUGGAGAUAAGAAAAAAAGGGAUGAGCUCAGGAGGAAGCACAUGCCCAAAACUGUUGGUCCGAAGUUCCCCAUAGUCAUCACUUCUUAUGAGGUUGCUAUGAAUGAUGCUAGAAAAAAUCUGCGGCACUAUCCAUGGAAAUAUGUUGUGAUUGAUGAGGGCCACAGGUUGAAGAACCACCAAUGUAAAUUGCUGAGGGAACUUAGACACAUGAAGAUGGAGAACAAACUUCUGCUGACAGGAACACCUCUGCAAAAUAAUUUGUCUGAGCUUUGGUCACUGUUGAAUUUUAUUCUGCCUGACAUCUUUGCAUCACAUGACGAAUUUGAAUCCUGGUUUGAUUUUUCUGAAAAGAACAAAAGUGAAGCAAGUAAGGAAGAAGGAGAAGAGAAAAGAAGAGCUCAAGUUGUUGCGAAACUUCAUAAUAUACUACGACCUUUCAUCCUCCGAAGAAUGAAAUGUGAUGUUGAGCUCUUACUUCCGCGGAAAAAGGAGAUUAUUAUUUAUGCUAUAAUGACGGAUCAUCAGAAAAUUUUCCAGGAUCAUCUUGUGAAUCGCACGUUGGAGGCACACCUUGGAGAGAAUGCUAUCCCAGGUCAAGGCUGGAAGGGAAAGCUUAACAAUCUGGUUAUUCAACUUCGGAAGAACUGCAACCAUCCUGACCUUCUUGCGGGGCAAAUAGAUGGUUCAUAUUUCUACCCUCCAAUUGAAGAUAUUGUUGGACAGUGCGGUAAAUUCCGCUUAUUGGAGAGAUUGCUUGUUCGGUUAUUUGCCAAAAAUCACAAAGUCCUAGUCUUCACCCAAUGGACAAAAAUUCUGGACAUUAUGGAUUACUACUUCAGUGAGAAAGGGUUUGAGGUUUGCAGAAUCGAUGGCAAUGUGAAACUGGAUGAAAGGAGAAGACAGAUUGACGAAUUCAAUGAUGAGAAGAGCAGCUGUAGAAUAUUUCUUCUCAGUACCAGAGCUGGAGGACUCGGGAUUAAUCUUACUGCUGCUGAUACAUGCAUCCUCUACGACAGCGAUUGGAACCCUCAAAUGGACUUGCAAGCCAUGGACAGAUGCCACAGAAUUGGUCAGACAAAACCUGUUCAUGUUUACAGGCUUGCGACGGCUCAGUCAGUAGAGGGCCGAGUUCUGAAACGAGCGUACAGUAAGCUUAAGCUGGAACAUGUGGUUAUUGGCAAAGGGCAGUUUCAUCAAGAACGUGCUAAGUCUUCAAUACCCCUAGAGGAAGAGGACAUACUCGCGUUGCUUAAGGACGAUGAAACUGCUGAAGAUAAGCUGAUACAAACCGAUAUAAGCGAGGAGGAUCUUGACCGGUUGCUUGACAGGAGUGACCUGAUGAUUACUUCACCAGGAGAGACAGAACCAGAAGCUGGUGAAGCUUUUCCAGUGAAGGGUCCAGGUUGGGAAGUGGUGCUGCCUAGUUCAGCUGGAGGGAUGCUGUCUUCCCUCAACAGUUAGGACCUCGCAUUGAAAACCACUUGGGUGUGUUUUAAUUUUUCCGGAACAUGACCGGUUACUUUUGCCUGAAAGGGCUUUGGUCAUUAGAGACAUCGGAAGUUUUUGUAAGUUCAGUAAACCUUUGGAAACAUGAGGCUCUCAUGUGAUUAAAAACAAUUGGCCCUCUGC